AUGGAUCCAUUCGAGGCCCGUCUCCAGUUUUCUAGAAUGUUGUCUACUGUUCAACCGGUGACUCAACUGCUAAUGAAGUGUGUUUCUUUUGCGUUAAGAAACCAUGAAUAUCAAGAUGAUUUCCAUUCAUGUAUUAUAGAGGUAUUGAAUACGGUCGACUUGAAUGUGAGAUUAAAUAUAAUGAAUUUCAUCGAUUCGCUAGUAACGCAGUCGAAGAAGUCGUUUGCCAAAAACCCAUCAUUGAAUAAAGAUCUACCGUAUAUUAAUAAAAUCGAGAAGGAUCUUCCAACGUUUGCCUCCAAGAUAGUUCCUGCAAAUAAAUAUGGUCUUUACAACUUGAAGGUUAGCGCGGAGAUACUAAAGUCGAUCAGCCUUCAGCUUGGUUUUGAUGAACAAAAAAUCGAGGAAUUGCAAAGACAAUUCAAUAGCGAUUUAUUGUCGGAGAAUUUAAAGGGAAAGAUUGAAAAAAAUGUGAGUGAGAAUUUGUCAAAAUCAGAUCAUUUGGAUACUGAAUUUUUCAAACCAACUGAUUCAGAAGUUAUUGGUGAAGGUAUUGAACGUGCAUGGGAAAUAUUAAUAGAUCGAAAGAGAUUCAGUCAGCUAAGUUCUCUUACAAGCUACUUCAUUGAUAAAAGUGAAAUGGUUUUGCAUGCAUCGGAGAAAAAGGAUAAAGUGAACAAUAAUGAGGAGAAUAAUAGAGAAAAGGAUUCCACGCAAAUGUCAUUGGAGCUCUCUAGGGAGCAGAUAUUGGCAAGAAUGGAAUCAGAUAGAGAAAGACACAAAAAAGCUAAAGAAAGUUUGUGGUUGGUGGAGCGAGCAUCAUCUGGUAAAGUUGACAGAGCUGAAUUUGAAAGGUUAUGGGAUCAGUAUGCCCCUAUUACUGAUGAAGAUAUUGAGGAAUUAUCAGAAUUAAAUGAAAUUGCCAUAAGAAGUUACAAUUUCUAA